AUGCGUACUAUCCACGGAGGGCACCUACGUACAGUACGGGGAACCGACUACGGCCCGGAGCACAGGGGCCCUAUCUACCUACCUACCUACCUGUAUACGGCUCUUACACGAGAGACCGCGCACAAGUUAAAGUCAGUAGUAUGCCGGCAGUGGCAAUGGCAGUGGCCCAUGCCCGUGGCUACGGUAAUGCCGAUACUCCUAGCUAGCGAAGUCAAAAGAGGCCAUGUUUUUUUGUCGGGUUCGGGGAGCGUUUCCGGCGUUGAUCUCGUUCGUUUGUUUUCGUACCCUUGUCCGUCCGUAGAGGGCCAUUCUGGGGUCAGGAUCAGGAUCAGGAGCAGGACAAAGGCCAACGAGCCAGAACGAACGAGAACGAACCAAGGCCUUGCCACUGAUCAUGGCCAUGGCCAUCAACAUGUCCAGCAAUUGAUCAAAGCGAAAUAUAUUGGAAUCUGCCCCAGAAAUUAUUCGCCGCCGCCGCCGCACGGCACGGCAGGGCAAGAGCAAGCGCAUAGAUGGAUGGACAUGGGGUUCGCGGAUGCGAUCUCCCUGGGCUCUUGGCCCUGGUCUGGUCUGGGUCUGGUCUGGUCUAUCUGGCACGAUUCCGAUCCCGAUUGCCACGAGCUGGGAUAUCGUCAGGAACUCAGCACGAGCGAGGUUCCGUUUUCUGCAAGGUUCGGCCGGUAA